GUAUCAGAUAGUAGUGGAGAUCAUUCAGGCGACCACCAUCAGCAGCAUCCCACAGCUGAAGAGACAGAAAGACAGUAAAGGGAAAGAGGCCGCGGCACUGAAAGCCGACCUGUUACGUGCCAGAAACAUGAAGCGUUACAUUAACCAGCUCACAGUGGCAAAGAAGCAGUGUGAGAAGCGGAUCCGGCUCCUCGGGGGUCCUAACUAUGAGCAGCAGGAGGACGGAGCCCAGGAUGAAGGGGACGGUCCACAGAGCCAACGGAUACUUCAGUUUGAGGAGAUCAUGUCAAACGCAGUGUACCGGGAGCAUUUCCGUGUCUACAUGGAGCGUGUGGAAAAGAGGGCUCUGAUUAGCUUCUGGGAGCUGGUGGAGAUGCUCAAGAGCGCCAACAAGAAUGAAGUGCCGCAGCUGGUGGGAGAGAUCUACCAGAACUUCUUUGUGGAGAGCCGGGAGAUCCCGGUGGAGAAGGCUCUUUAUAAAGAGAUCCAGCAGACUCUGGUGGGGAACAAGGGCACAGACGUGUUCCUCAGGAUCCAGGGAGACGUGUACGAGACCAUGAAGGAGCGCUAUUACCCAUCCUUCCUGGUGAGCGACCUGUACGAGCGGCUCAUUAAACGAGACGAGCAAAGGAGCAGCUCACAAUCCAGCAGCGAGGAGAAAGACGACACCGGUCCGGUGAUGGAAGGAGGGGACGUGGCCCUGGAUGAAGGCAGCAAAGGCAUCAACGAACAGGCCAGUUAUGCUGCAACCAAACUACACCAGCUGUACGAGAGGCUGGAGUACAAACGCCAAGCCCUGGGCUCCAUCCAGAACGCACCGCGGCCUGAUAAAAAGAUUGUGUCAUUACUGAAGGAAGAGAUCUGCACCAUGGAGAAGGAGCACAGCGACCUCCAGCUGCACAUCUCACGGACGGACUGCUGGUGUGAGAACCUGGGCACCUGGAGAGCCGUCAUCAGCACCGCAGAGGCCUCUGAGGAGAAUGGCGAGCAGAUGGCGUGGUACUUUGUUGCCGUAAGUCUUUCUGAAGACGACGACUGCAAGAACAACCGCUGGACCGUCACCAGGAAGCUCAGCGAGUUUCAGGCUUUGCACAGGAAGUUGACGGAGUGUUUUCCGUCACUCAAGAAAGUCCAGCUUCCCUCACUCAGUAAACUGCCGUUCAAAUCAAUCGACCUAAAGUUCCUUGACAAAUCCAAGAACCAACUCAACACUUUUUUACAGAAAGUGUUGACAGAUGAGCGCAUGUGUCAGAGCGAGGCGCUGUAUGCCUUUCUCAGUCCGUCACCAGAGCACCUGAAGGUCAUCGACAUCCAGAAGAAAUCCUCCUUCUCUCUCGCAUCCUUCCUGGAGAGACUGCCGGGAGACUUCUUCUCACACCAGGAGGAUGAAGGUGAGGAUGACAGUGACCUCUCAGACUACGGCGAUGAGACGGACGGGAGGAGGGACGCUCUGGCUGAGCCCUGCUUCAUGCUGAUCGGAGAGAUCUUUGAACUCAGGGGCAUGUUUAAGUGGGUGCGGAAGACACUAAUUGCACUUGUUCAGGUCACGUUUGGACGGACUAUAAACAAGCAGAUCAGAGACACUGUAAACUGGAUCUUCAGUGAGCAGAUGUUGGUUUACUACAUUAAUAUAUUUCGUGACACGUUUUGGCCCAACGGGAAACUGGCACCUCAUAACAAAAGCCGCUCGGAGAGUGAACGCAGAGAAACCAAGGAGAGAGCACAGCAGAAGCUUCUAGACAACAUCCCAGAUGCACUUCAGAAUCUGGUGGGGCAGCAGAACGCGAGAUACGGGAUCAUCCGGAUCUUUAAUGCACUUCAAGAGACCAGUGCCAACAGACAUCUUCUCUACAUCCUGUUGGAGAUGCUGCUAAAAGAGCUCUAUCCCGAGCUGAACGUGGAGGGUGUACAGGCCUGAACAUCCUUACUUCACAUCAGAGGCUCAGGAUGGUUUCUCUAAUGUGCUGGAUGGCUGUUUUUGGUGUUAUUUAUAAAAAAGUUUUGUUCUGUUUUAUUUCUGAAACACUUGACUCUGUAGUGCUGGAUCUAGGAAGCCUCAUGAAUAUGUUUGUGUUGUGUUUCUCUCUGGUGAGAUUGAAGGAACAGACCACAUCCACUGCCAGCUGGCAUCUGCUUUUCUUUCUCUCAUUUGUUUUCUUCUGGGGGUUUUUGCUGUGUAAUGUGAAUAACAGUGGAAUGAGUGUUACACAUCUGUAAAAAGAAGAACCCAGACCUCUGUAAACUCCCUACAUAUUAUUGUGACCAUUGCGAAAACUUUUAAUCGUGCAAUAUGUCAUGUACAGUUAUUGUGAAGGUUCUGUCUGUGAUAUUAUUAUUAUUAUUAUUAAUAUUGUUAUUAUUAUAGAAUUUUAUUUUUACCAAAUUAGACUAGAGCAUUUAUAAGCAAUAAAAUGCAAAAGAAGA